GUCCAAUGGGCGCAGAGCUAUGUCGCGGAUCCGAGCUAAUUUUUCAAAUCCCGCGCCGCCGCCGCCGCCAUUGUCGCGUCCCCGCGUCUCCUCCACCUCAUCGCCUCCUCCUCCUCUUCCUCCUCUUCUUCCCAGCGCCAGAGACGGCAGUGCAACGGUCAGCGCGCUAAGCUACGAACCCGGCUGCCCAAGCUCGAAUCCCGUUCACCGCCAACACCGGCGCGUGUGAAGGAUGUCGGACAACGGCGAGGCGGAGGACAAGCCGCCGGCGCCGCCGAUGCGCAUGACGAGCACCAUCAUGGGCAGCAAGGAGUCUCCCGCACCGCACCACGGCUCCAAGCCACUGCCCUCGGCGCCCCCCGACGAGAAGAAGUCCAAAUCGCGUGUCCUGGGCUCCAUCUUCGGGGACCGGCCCAACAAGAAGAAGGAGAAGGAGCGCCCCGAGAUUUCACUGCCCUCCGACUUUGAGCACACGGUGCACGUCGGCUUCGAUGCCGUCACGGGGGAGUUCACGGGGAUGCCCGAGCAGUGGCUGCGUCUCCUGUCGACGUCCAACAUCAGCAAGUCGGAGCAGAAGAAGAACCCGCAGGCGGUGCUGGACGUGCUCAAGUUCUACGACUCGAAGGAGAGCGUCAACCAGAAGUACAUGAGCUUCACGCCCGUGCUGGAUAAAGUUGAAGCUUACACAGGAACCGCACAGGUGACGAAGGUGGACGCGGGGUGUGCGGAGGCCGAGGAGGACGACGACGACGACGACGACGACGACGCCUCGCCUCCUCCGAUCGUCGCCCCAAGGCCGGAGCACACCAAGUCCAUGUACACGCGCUCCAUCAUCGAGCCCCUGCGGCCACCACAGCCGGCCAAGGACGGCGUCGGCGUCGGAGGCGGGGCCCCGUCCCCGGGGGGGCCCCCGGCCCACCACGGCGGGGAGCCCGGCUCGGGGACCCCCCACAAGGGGACCCCCGACAAGCCGGGGCCCGACGGCGGCGGCGCGGCUGACAAGAGCAAGAAGAAGGCCAAGAUGUCGGACGACGAGAUCCUGGAGAAGCUUCGCAGCAUAGUGAGCGUCGGGGACCCCAAGAAGAAGUACGCACGGUUCGAGAAGAUCGGACAGGGUGCAUCAGGGACGGUCUACACAGCAUGUGACGUGUCUACAGGACAGGAGGUGGCGAUCAAGCAGAUGAACCUGCAGCAGCAGCCCAAGAAGGAGCUGAUCAUCAACGAGAUCCUGGUGAUGCGCGCCAACAAGAACCCCAACGUCGUCAACUACCUGGACAGCUACCUGGUGGGUGAGGAGCUGUGGGUGGUGAUGGAGUAUCUGGCGGGUGGCUCGCUCACCGACGUCGUCACGGAGACGUGCAUGGACGAGGGGCAGAUCGCAGCCGUCUGUCGUGAGUGCUUACAGGCGCUGGAGUUCCUGCACGCCAACCACGUCAUCCACAGGGACAUCAAGAGCGACAACGUGCUGCUGGGCAUGGACGGCUCCGUCAAGCUCACGGACUUUGGCUUCUGCGCCCAGAUCUCUCCGGAGCAGAGCAAGCGCAGCACCAUGGUUGGCACCCCCUACUGGAUGGCGCCCGAGGUGGUGACACGCAAGGCCUACGGGCCCAAGGUGGACGUCUGGAGCCUGGGCAUCAUGGCCAUCGAGAUGGUGGAGGGGGAGCCGCCCUACCUCAACGAGAACCCGCUCAGGGCCCUGUAUCUCAUCGCCACCAACGGCACCCCCGAGCUCCAGAAUCCCGAGAAGCUCAGUCCCGUGUUCCGCGAUUUCCUCAACCGCUGCUUGGAGAUGGACGUCGACCAGCGCGGCUCUGCGCGCGACCUCCUGCAGGUGACGCCGGGAUCUCCCCUAGGUCCACUCGGCCUCAAAUGAGUUGCCCGGGUGGCGUUUGUGUGCAAGGCCGUGGGUUUUUAACCACAACAGCCCUUCGUGUGGAACAGUUGCGGGCCUUCAUAGUUGCUGCUAACCGCUAACAGCACUUGCCCCCCAACAGCCUUGUUAGAGGCUAUA